UAUUGAAAUCGCUUUACUCUGCACAGCUUUCCAUAUCGAAAGCCUGCGCUCUCUAUCGACUAGGAUAGCUAGCGUCACAGCAAUGAGCCGUAGAGGGGGGUGGCAGUAAUCUAGCUAUGAACUGCAUUCUGGAAGGAAUGUCGAUCUCGGCGGCCAUAUUGAAAGGGGUUGUAGACGAGUGUGGCUUUGAUGUCAGACUUCGUUCGUCUUACUGAGAAGCAGAUCAAGUUUGAAAUGCUGGGGAUUGUUAUGUGCGCUAUACCAGAUGUUUUAAUUCUAGGGAUUAAUUGUUUGGUUUAUGGAAUUAUUGAAAACAUGAGAUUAGAUUUUGCAAUUACUUGACAAAAAUGACAAUGUAGUCUUUCUAAGGUCUCUUCUUGCUUUAUGGCUAUUAUUUGGACCGAGCCUUAACCUUGCGUGGCGGCGUCAAGAGUUCCGACACCGCGAUGCCCCGUAUCGCCAACUACAUCCACUCAGAUGUCUUCGUGUAUACAUGGCAGCAAGAGCAGCUAAGGAAGUUCCGAAUGUUCACUGUCAUAGGAACUUAGGCGAAAACAGGUGGUGGAACUGAAUCUCGACAACUGCAGAAUAAAUUCUGACGAGGAGCUCGAGGUGCUGACGUCCAACUUCACAGCCUUAGAAUCACUCAGCAUGAUCAACUCUAACAUAAGUUCACUAGAACAAUUUCCUGAGUUGCCUAGCCUAAGAAAACUUGAACUGAGCGACAACAGAAUAUCAGGAGGGUUAGAAAAACUUAAAGGUUGCACAAAACUGUCACAGCUCAGUUUAAGCGGAAACAAAAUCAAAGAUUUUUCCGAUUUGGAAGCCUUGAAAAGUUUAAAAAAUUUGAAAAGUUUGGAUCUUUUCAACUGUGAGGUAACAAAUCAUGAAGAAUACAGAGUGAAAGUGUUUGAAAUUCUUGAACAAAUCACCUACCUGGACGGGUUUGACCGGGAAGACAAUGAAGCUGAAGAGGAGGAUGAUGAUGUUGAAGAUAUUGAUGGGGAGGGAGAAGACGAUGAUGACGAUGAUGAUGAUGAUGAUGACGACGAAGAGGGAGAGGAUGAGGAUGGUGUGGACGAGGUUGGUCUAGAUUACUUGACCAAGGAGAAUCUUGACGAAGAUGACGAUGAAGAUGAUGAAUUCGAUGCUGAGGGUGAUGACGAUGAUGAAGUUGUUGAGGAAGGGGUAGAAGUAGAAGAUGAGGAUGACGAUGAUGAUGAUGAUGAGGAUGAGGAGGAAGAUGAAGGUCAGCAAGUUCGCGGACAGAAACGAAAACAUGAAGAGGAGGAAGAGGAUGCGUAGAAGAUGUGUGUGUGUGUGGUCACCUGAAGUGACCGGCUGUGUGUUGAACUUUGAACUUUAGCCGGGCAGGCGGCUGUUGCAGACCAUACAAGCUGGGUCGACAUUUGGUCUUUGUCUAAAGAUCAUACUGAACCUAACGGAAAUCCUUACACAAAGUGCUACCCAGAGAAGUCUUAAAGACGACACUGUUGCACAUUUUCCAUUCAACACUAGUAGAAUGAAGAAAUUUUUAUUCAUUAAAGUCUGCUUAUUGAAAUCACUUAAAUGAAAAGUUCUGGACAAAUCUGAAUUUUGAUAGUGUAUUUUUAACAUGUAAUUAAGUUGAAGAUAAUGUCUCGGAGCAGCUUUGAGUCUGAAGUUGUUCGGAACUCUUCCAAGUCCUCACCCCAGCAGUCUGUGAAACAGUCCUCACUGUAUAUAGGACAUAACUCAUUGACGCCCGAAGACCGGAUAUCACCAUAAACUAUCACAAGCCAGCAGAUUGAAGGAGUUUUGUGUGAAAGGGCCCUAACGUGGCUAUGAAACCGAUCGUCCAUUCAUACUUGCUGCCGGUUAAAAUAGUUGAUAGAUUGAGUCUCAUUUCAUGCCUACCAAAUCCUUGUGGAACCCAUGGUAACGUUCAGUGGUUGAGUUAUUUCUUGAUUUUCAUUUGUACUACUGCUAAACCUAAUAAUUUUGGCAAGCAUUUUAUAAAUGCUGCAAGAUUUGUAUUAAAAGGUUGUGACCUUAAGUGUAACGAAUCAAAACUGUUCCAGAUGGCAGUGUAAUUAGUGUAAAUUUCUUAUCACAUGGAGGCUUAUGUCUACUUGUAAAUGUUUAAAUUGUACAUUCAUUUCCUUUUAUCUGUAAUUAGUUUAUGGCGAUUCCUUUCCUAAAAGUGUAACAGGUAGUUUAAACAUUUACAUGUAUUCACAGUUUAGAUGAUCUUCCCACGUUUCUUUGAAAUUAAAACGAGGCUAAUUUUACUUAACAGUUAUGCUUGCAUCUUUCCUAAGGAGGGCAUUAUAACGAAUAGUUGCGUGGGAAAUCUUACGAAAAGCUGGUUAUGUUCCUGUGGGUAUUACAUGAUCAUAUAUCAUUUCAUCACGUUUCAUCAAUCUUUAUUUUCAUGCAAACAUCUCAUUUUGCAAAUUGUAAUUGUUGUCUUGUUACAUACAGCUCAUGACAUCAACAGUAGCCUGAGCUGUGGGAGAGGUGGGAUUCCGAUGGUGAUGAGUUGUUUGUAUUGAGACAAUACAAGUCACAGGAACAUAUCCCUACAUUGAGGCAGAAUUGUUAUUCUUUGUUGCUGCAAUAAAUUUUUAUAGAAUAAA